AUAUUUUGACCUAGUCCAAUAUCUCACACAUUAUAAUUGGCAUUAACCUCUCUUUGAUGUUUUUUCACAAGUGUUGUUAAUGGCUGCAGGUUCCGCAGAUCGGUCUCUCGAAGAAACCUCCACAUGGGCCGUCGCCGUCGUCUGUGCCGUCUUCGUCAUCAUAUCCGUCGCUAUAGAGCAUGGGAUCGACUCCCUUGAAAAGUGGUUUAAGAAACGCGAGAAGAAGGCAAUGAUCGAAGCCCUCGAAAAGAUCAAAGCAGAGUUGAUGUUGCUUGGGUUUAUAUCCUUACUUCUGACCGUGGGCACCUCGUAUGUGGCGAAAAUAUGCGUGCCUGAGCACCUUGGAAAUAAAUGGCUCCCUUGUGACAAAAAAAGCUACGAUGACCCCGAUUCCGACCUCGAUCCCGACGGCGAUGAAGGGAAGAAUGAGCGUAGGAGGUUACUAUCCUACGCUCAAGAGAUGGUCUGGCGUCGGGCUUUGGCCGCCGGAACCGAUCAGUACGAUUAUUGUACUAGCAAAAAGAAAGUGUCGUUGAUAUCGUAUUCUGGGAUUCACCAAUUGCACAUCUUCAUAUUUGUGCUGGCAGUUAUGCAUGUUCUUUACAGUGUAAUUCUCAUGGUAUUAGGCCAUGCCAAAAUGAAGAAGUGGAAGCAGUGGGAAUUGGAGACCUCGUCUAUGGACUACCAAUUUACUAAUGAUCCAGCUAGAUUCAGGUUUGCUCAUCAAACCUCAUUCGUCAGGCGUCAUUCAGGAAUCUACAACACUCCCAUUCUCAAAUGGAUUGUAGCAUUUUUCAGGCAAUUUUUUGGAUCGAUAUCUAAGGUGGACUAUAUGACCAUCCGCAAUGGAUUUAUCACUGCCCAUUUUGCGCCGAAUACAAAAUUUGACUUCCACAAAUAUAUAAAAAGAUCGAUGCAAGACGACUAUAAAUCGGUUUUGGGUAUAAGCAUUCCCUUGUGGUUCUUUGCAAUUAUGUUUUUAUUCUUAAACGUCUAUAGAUGGCAUACAUUGGCCUGGAUUUCCGUGAUUCCACUUAUAAUAAUUUUAUUAGUUGGCACGAAACUUGAACUGGUGAUCAUGGAGAUGGCUCAACAAAUCCAAGAUCGAACAACUGUUGUGAGGGGAGCUCCACUUGUGGAGCCCAGUAACAAUUUCUUUUGGUUUAAUCGCCCACAAUGGAUACUCUUUCUCAUACAUUUUACAUUAUUUCAGAAUGCAUAUCAAAUGGCCUACUUCUUAUGGAAGUGGUACGAAUUUGGAAUUACAACAUGCUUCCACGAGGCCCUUUUUGUAGUUCUUAUCAGAGUUUUCCUAGGAUUAGCCCUUCAGAUCGUGAGCAGCUACAUCACAUUCCCAUUAUACACCUUGGUAACACAGAUGGGAUCAAACAUGAAGAAGUCGAUAUUCGAGGAGCAAACAUCAAAGGCUUUGAAGAAAUGGCACCAAGCCGCGAAGCAGAGGAACAAACAGCGCAAAGGGAUCGCAGACAAUUCUAGCAUCAUGAGCGGGGAUUCUACCCCUAACCGCUCCUCGCCCAUUCAUCUGCUACACAACUACACGCUGCGGUCCAAUGCACCCGACGGUGAUCGCGAUGCCUUUCCCGUUUCGCCCAGAUCGUACGCCUCCGAUACCGAGCUUUCUGAAAUCGAUGCUUCCAAACACGCUACCGAGCCCAAGCUUCAAUCUCACAAUAUCGAUUUUUCUUUUAACAGUUCAUCUCUUCAUGGAUAAAUUAAUAUUAUAUAUAUAGAGUAUUAAUUCUUUAACAGUUAAUUAACACUAUUUGAAGUUGUGAUUAAUGGAGUAUUUAGUUGGGUUUUAUUGUUGUGUUAAUUUG